AUUAUUAUUAAAAACAUUUAAUAUUGUAUUUUAAUAAAAACUGUGUACAUUAUACAUACAAAAAGUGUACCAUCUGUAGAAACAUCUGUUUUGCUGUGUAUAGUAAUGAGAAAACGAUUAUUGAAUGAAGAUGAUGACAGUGAUUAUGAUAAUAAACCAGUAAAGAAAACAGCAAUGAAAGUUAUACAACUAAAUCCAAAAACUAAAACUGUGUUUGCAAUUGUUCUUGUUAUUGCUACAAUCAUUUAUUUUAUGAACUUUCCAAUAUUUAUUUCUAAUGAAGUAGAAGAAUUUGACAUUCCCAAAGACAAUGUUAUUAAAAGUGGAGAAACUUAUGUUAGUCCUGGAAGUUUAAAGUUUAAAAAACGUCAGUUUUAUCUUGAUGGGCAACCAUUGCGUAUUUUGAGUGGUGCAGUACAUUAUUUUCGUAUACCAGAGGAUUAUUGGGAUGAUAUUUUAAAGAAAGCUAAAGCAGCUGGUCUGAAUACAAUUGAUACAUAUGUACCUUGGAAUUUACAUGAAGACAGACCUGGAAAUUAUUACUUUGCUCAACAUCUUGACAUUGAAAAAUUUUUGCGGAAGGUAAAUGACUUAGGAUUAUAUGUGAUAUUUCGCCCUGGACCAUACAUAUGCUCAGAAUGGGAAUUCGGAGGCUUACCAGGAUGGUUAUUGAAGGAUCCAGAAAUGGUGAUAAGAUCUAACUAUAAACCAUACCAAGAUGCAGUGGACAGAUGGUUUGGUGCACUUAUUCCAAAAAUUAAAGAUUUUCAGAGAUCUAAAGGUGGACCAAUCAUUGCAGUUCAAGUUGAGAAUGAGUUUGGUCACUAUAGUGAUGAAACAGAUCAUCUUUUGUUUAUCAAAAAAGUUCUACAAAAAUAUGGUAUACAAGAGAUGUUACUAACCUCAGACAAUGGAAGACGUCAAUCUUUAUUUUACAACCAUGCUUUGCCAACUGUGAAUUUCCAGAAUUUUCAAAAUGGUAAAACAGAUUUUGAACGUAUUAAAGCUCAAUCUAAAGAUUUUCCAUUAAUGGUCAUGGAGUUUUGGAGUGGAUGGUUUGACCACUGGGGAGAGGACCAUCAUGGGAGAAAAGAAAGUUUUAUUCUGUCAAAUUUUGAGGAGAUUUUGAAGACUGGUGCUUCUGUCAGUAUCUACAUGUUUCAUGGUGGGACAAACUUUGGUUUCAUGGCUGGAGCCAAUAAUGCUGAUAGUCCAAAUUUUGGAGCAGAUGUUUCCAGUUAUGAUUAUGGUGCCCCAAUAUCAGAGGCAGGGGACACAACCCCACUCUAUCAUGGAAUGAGAGAUUUAAUAACUAAGUACUCAUCAGUAAAACCUGGACCUGUACCACCAAACAGGGAAAAGGCUGCUUAUGGUCAGGUUAAAAUGUUGAAUUUUAUGUCAUGGUUUGAUAUGCUUGAUGUCAUGAAAACAGUAACACAGGAUAUUAACACUUACAAGAAACCAUUACCUAUGGAAUAUUUAAAAAUGAUUGAAAGCAGAGAAGGUUAUGGACAGAAUUAUGGAUAUAUUGUAUACAGACGUACUGUACCAAAGUUUACUAAGUUGGAGGUCAAAGGGACAAUGAAAGAUAGAAUGGAGAUUGUGAUUGAUGGAAGAAGAGAUAGUAAAGUUCUGGACUGGAAAUCAAAUUAUGAUUACACUAUUGAUGUUUCAUCUCAUUCUAUGAGAGAGGGUAACCAUACUCUGGAUAUCAUUGUGGAAAAUUUAGGACGUGCUAAUUAUGCUAACAAAGGAUCUAAAGUGUUGAACAAAGAAAGAAAAGGAAUAACUGGAGAAAUAUUACUAGAUGAUAAACCAGUAGAGAAUUGGACUGUCUAUCCAUUGACAUUCAAUAGGAAUUUUAUACACAAAAUAUAUACAAAUGAUAAAUAUUUUCCAUUAUCAUCAUUAACCAAACCACCAUGCUUGUUCAGAACCAAUUUAAAGAUAGAGGGACCAGUACCUAAGGACACAUUUCUUCAAAUGGAGGGCUGGGGUAAAGGAAUAGUAUUCGUUAAUGAACAUCAUUUAGGAAGAUACUGGAGCAUUGGCCCUCAGAAAACUUUGUUUGUACCAGCACCUUACUUAAAGGCAGGAUAUAAUUUGAUCAUUGUAUUUGAAGAAGAAAAGAUAGGAAAGUAUAUAAGUUUUAUUGACCAUCCAUUGCUGUCCUAAAAGUACUGUCAUAUAGAUAGAUAGAUCCAAGAGAAUUGAUUUAGAACCAGGGAUGAUUGAAGUUAACAAGAUUCAAGGAGAUCUUUUGUUUGUAAUUUUCAAAGUACUAUUUACUGUUGUGUUGUUUCUGCAUAUGUACCAUUUUAGAUAUAGAAUAGACACAUUAAGCACAUACAAUCACUUUAAAGCACAUAUUUUGGAACAUUAUUUGUCUAAAUGCUCAACAAUUCUCCCUGGGUUUCAUAACAAUUAUAAACAUUGAUAAAUGUUUUCAAAUUCUUAGAUGCAACCUUGUCACUGUCAAAUAGAUAGUGUUGUAACAGCAUCACUUAUUUCUGUUUAGCAAAUAACACUUUAAUAUUGGACAAAAUUUGGAAGAUUUAUUGUCAAAUAUUAUAUUGUAGAAAGCUGGUUUUGAAAAAAUACCUUACUGGCAAAAGCUUUUUCUAUUGAUAUUUGAUUCUGUCACCUUCUAAUAAAUUAAUUUGGUAUAUUUUCCUGUUCUGUAAAGAUUUUUAUUAGUCCCCUACCGACGAAGUCGAAGGGGACUUUAGGUUUGCACUCCGUCUGUGUGGCUGUCUGUCCAUCCGUCAGUCCAGCAAAUCAGUUUUCCGCACUUUUUUUCGUCAUGCUUGAAGAUAUUGAUUUAAUAAUUGGUAUAUAGUUUAAUCAUGACAAGUUACAGACUAAGUUAAAAUUUUGUUCCGGUCUGAUGAUUUUGUGCAGAUUAAUGGUCCUUGGACUUAGAAAAUUCACUCAAAUAAUCAGUUUUCCGCACUUUUUUUCCCUCAUGCUUGGAGAUAUUGAUUUAAUAAUUGGUAUAUAGUUUUUAUCAUGACAAGUUACAGAUCAAGUUCGAAUUUUGUUCUGGUCUGAUGAUUUGUGCAGAGUUAUGGUCCUUGGACUUAGAAAAUUCACUCAAAUAAUCAGUUUUUCCUCACUUUUUUUCGUCACUUGAAGGUAUUGAUUUGAUAAUUGGUAUAUAGUUUUAUCAUGAUAAGUUACAGAUCAAGUUUGAAUUUCCAUUCCGAUGAUUUUGUGCAGAGCUAUGGUCCUUGGACUUAGAAAAUUCACUCAAAUAAUUAGUUUUCCGCACUUUUUUUCCGUCAUGCUUGGAAAUAUUGAUUUAAUAAUUGGUAUAUAGUUUUAUCAUGACAAGUUACAGAUCAAGUUCGAAUUUUGUUCCGGUCUGAUGAUUUUGUGCAGAGUUAUGGUG